GAACAGCAUGCCCUCUUACAUUCGGCCCAAAGUUCAUCGCCCACCACCACCAUGCCUGUGGAUUUCAACGGGACGUGGGUUCUGGAGAAAAAUUACAACUUUGAGGAAUAUAUGAAAAUUCUCAACGUUGACUUGGUCACACGCAAGAUCGCCGUCCACUUGUCUCAAACCAAAGUUAUUAUCCAGGAGGGAGACGAGCUUACGAUAAAGACGCUCAGCACCUUCAGGAACUAUGAGGUCAGCUUGAAGAUCGGGAAGGAGUUCGAGGAGUAUACCAAAGGACUUGACAACAGAAUGCUUAAGACUUUGGUCAGCUGGGAGGGCGACACAUUGGUGUGCACGCAAAAGGGAGAAAAGGCCAACCGCGGAUGGAAGCAUUGGUUAGAAGGAGAUAAGUUACAUUUGGAGCUGUAUUGCGAAGAUGUCGUCUGCCAUCAAGUGUUCAACAGAAAGCAAUAACUACUUCACGGGCAAUAAAAAAAACUUUUAAAUAAAUGUA